AUGAGAGACAAGUUUCAAUCUACCAGCUAAAAAUGGAGAACAUCAUGAGGCCUCCAGGCCCCUACAGGUUAGCCCUACGGUUGAAAGACUGUGAGCUGGAAAAGAAGGCUCUUAAAAAGCAGGUGGAGGAGCUGAAAGCUCAACUGCAAAGUGCUGAAAACCACAGCACCUGUCUGGAGGAGAAGGUGAUGCAGGUUACCACCAAACUGGAGCAACAGAAGAUACAGACUCUCCAGGAACCAGCAGAGAACUUGAAAAAUAAGCUCCUUCCAGAGAAAAGUAGUGGCCAGCAGGAGAAAAACAGCACCCUGGAGGACAAAGUGCAGGAGUUGAAUGAUUUGUUGGGGCAGCAGCGUGUCAUAAACUUCCAGGAUCAUAGUAUGAGGCUGCAGCUCAGCAAAGAACUGGAAGAGACUAAAGGACAGCUGGCUCGUCAGAAGACCCUGAAAGAAAUGUUCAUUAACAAAGGCAAGGAAACCAGGGAAGAACUGGAGAGGUUGAAGAGGAUCAGUGACACACAGACAAUGAAUACCAUGAGGAUUGCCACUGAGGUUGGGAAUGACAUCAAGAAGAAGCAGAAGAAGGUGCUUCAGAAGGAGUUUGAGGAGCUCAAAGUGGCUCACAUAAUCACCAAAGAGAAGUUCUCGACAGAGCUCCAGGUUGAAAAAGAUCAAAAUAAAGCCCUACAGCAAGAACUUCAGCAGCUCAAAGUUUCACAUCAGAUCAACUUGAGGUACAAGACUGAGCUGAAGGCUGAAAGAGAAAAGAGCGCUGACCUGCAGAAAAACCUUGAGAAAGAGAUUCAGUCUCAAUCUGAAAGUGUGUUAGAGAAGCUGGAAGUCAUAAAGCAGUUGAGGGCUGAGAAGGAUGCUCUGCUUCGACAGAUGGAGGAAGAGAUCCAGACCUUGAAGAAAAACACUUCUGAGAAAGAGAAGUUGUUUUCCAAAGAGUUGGAAGACCUGAAAGAAAACCUGACUAAACAGAAUUCUACCAACCAGGAGCUGGUCACUAAGCUCCAGGCUGUGGAGGAGGUCAAUCAGGGUCUCCGGACUAAACUCGCCGAGCUCAAAGAGCAGAAGGAUGAGACCAGGGAGCCAGAGGAGGAUACUUCCAUUCUGGAGGAUAUCAACGACUUAGAGCAGAAGAAAAACGGUGGCUGGAAAAAAUUCAGAGACCUCUUGGGUUUGAGGAAGAAGGAGGAGAAGCUGGAAGAUGAGACAAAAUCCACCUGAGACUCUUUAACUGAGACUUUUCAAGAGAUGCUCACAUUCAACAUAUAUAAAAA